UUUAAUAAAAAAAUUGAACAGUGGUCAACCUGGUUCAAAGUUAGUCUGGGGUUUAAUGGUUACGAAUUACGAUUUCUGUUGUAAGGAUAAGGAGUUGAAUAUUUCGAAUUUAAGAAAAUAAAUUCAAUAUUUAUGUUCUCAUUGUUAAUGAAAGUUAUAUAUUCAAGUAAUUUUUUCUACUCUGACUUCGUUCUCACACUGAAAGAACUAAACGGUUUUUUUCAAUUUUGAAAUGGAUCAACAAGAAAAUUCCAAAUUAUUAGAAGCAGCUAGAUGUCUAAACGCAGUAGAAACAAUCUGCGUAAAAAAAGAACUGAGCAAAAAAUUAACCUCACAGCCUUUCAGUUAUCUCUUAGUACUAGAUUUCGAGGCCACCUGCUGGAGUAAAGAAGACGAUUUCAAAGCCCCGAAUGAAGUGAUAGAGUGCCCCUGUGUUCUAUACCAUGUAGAAACGAACAGAAUUGUGUCAGAAUUCCAGCUGUACGUCAGACCUGUAGAAAAUCCUAUACUCAGUGAAUUUUGCAUGAAAUUGACAGGUAUCCGCCAAAGUCAAGUCGACGGAGGAUUCCCGCUGGACGUCAGCUUGAUGCUGUUCAAAAAAUGGUUGGAAGAAAUGAGGAAGAGGUUUGCUUUGUCAUAUGAUAUAUAUAGCUCUGCAGAAAACAAGUGUAUCUUCGCUACGUGGUCUGACUGGGACUUAGGCGUUUGCUUGAAGCGUGAAAGUCAAAGAAAGAGGAUAACACUUCCAGAGAUGUUCACCACGUGGAUUGAUGUUAGGGCGAUAUAUUGCUCCCACUAUUUACGGAAGCCAAAGGGGCUUUAUGGGGCGCUGCAGGAGCUGGGGUUGGAGUUUGUGGGACGUGAACAUUGUGGCUUGGAUGACGCUAGAAAUACUGCGAAGUUGAUUGGUGCAAUGUUGGCAGACGGGGUGUUACUUGAAAGGACCCCGUCGUUUUAAUAAAUAGUAAAUUGAUGACAAAAGCUGAGGGCGUGGCCCUGUUUCAUGACUGAAGAAAAAUACACAGAUCUGACAUAUCACUCAGGGUAACUUAUUUAUAUAUUUUUUAUACUUCUUCCGUACUAAUUUUUUUAUUGUUUAAUAAAUGUUUUUUUAUUAUA